UGGGUGUUUCAUAAAUUAUUGUUGAAUAGUUGCUAUUACCCUUAAUUUCAUUUCUUGUUUUAUAACUGUCAAACUUGUUAAGUGGGCUCUAAUCUAAAUUUUAGAUUCCCACGGUAUAAUUGGUCCGAGAUUAAUAAAUUCAACAACACUAACAUGGAGAUGGGAUCAUUAAGGGAAUUAAGAAGUAGUGUCUAUAGUUCUAUUGUCUUGGCUUUAUGUUGGAGAUAGAUGCCCAAGUGCCCAAGUUACAAUGAAAAGGAACAAAUGCUUUACAGUUCAUGUUAAUAAUGUAGCUGCACAUCUUUCUUUUCCACAAGCUAUCUUGACUAAAACUGGCAGAACACCAGAUACCCUCCUUACUAGGAUGUUUUGUAGAGAUGCAACGCAAGUACCCUCAUGCUCAUGCUUAACAUUAUUGAAUGUGUAUUUUUCUCUUCUAGUUUCUAUAGGACCCCUAAAUAUAAUGUUUAAAGUUUCUCUUUGUAUAAUUGAAAGAAGUAGGUACCAGAUGUUGCAACCUAGAAUUAGUAAUAUUAUUUCUUUUAUCUUAUGAUGCUACCUAUCAAUUUCAUAAUGUCAAUGUUGGAUUAUUUCUACCUGAGAAAGUGUUGGCUUCUCUUUUUGAAUUGUUAUGGAUUUUCCUUCUAUGAGUAUUAAUGAUGAACUAUAGUUAUGUAUUCAGUUUCGGUUUCGCUGAUGAUAUUUAUUCUCUUUUGUAUUACCUUUUUUUUCGGCGGUGUAUGGGAAUUUGCCUUCUCAAAGCCAGUUAGCGGAUUAGGAAUUCGUUGUUACUCAGCAUUCAGCUAUACCACAGGGGAUUUUGCAAAUCCAACUUUAAUAAUGGUUUUGGCUGGAAACAAGGCUGACUUGGAAGAGAAGAGAAAAGUAGGGACUGAGUUGUCAGAACAGUUGCAAGGUUCAAGCCUUGUGACAGGGAGGAAGCUGGGAUCCCCUUUCCGGAAACUCAAAUCUCUUCUGGCAUGAGAUGAAGAAAUGGACCGUGCAUCGGAAAUCUAGCAAAAGUACUUGGUGGAGCUCAACCUUCCUCUGAUGGUGGCAUGAGAACCAGAAUGAAGACAAUGAGUUAGUGCAGACAUCAGUUUUGGAUUUUUGUUCUUCCUUUUCCUUUUGGGCUUCCCCUUUGUACCACUUGUGGGAUGUAGUUGUCUCUUAUUUGAAUUUAGCCCUUUGUGGGCUGUCUGUAAUCGACUAGACUCGUUGCCCUCAAUUAAUGCAUUAUACAUUUUUAA